AAGUUAAGGGAAGGACAUGAGUUCUAUCUUUCCUUUAGCCUUUGCCGCCAUCUCCCUUCUAUGCAUCCAUGGUGCAUUGGGCUGGGCCUCUAGUGACCCCACAUACGGGUUUGUCUCUGUUCCACUCAAUAGCUCGAACUUUCACAUCCAAAAACCCUACGACCUGCAGAUUAGUGAUCGUUAUAGCUUCAUAGAUGGAGUUCACAAGCUGUGGGUCUACUCUACCGACAAGCCUCUCUCUCGAGGAAGCAACACAAAUCCUCGCAGUGAGAUACUUAUACGAGGAUAUAGUUAUUCUUCCGGAGUCUGGCAAUUUGAAGGGUAUGGAUUUGUGCCGAAUGGGACAACGGGUGUGUGCAUUAUGCAGGUCUUUGGUGCAAGCACACGCAACACGACUGCGAUGAUGAGGGUGUACAAUGGUUCUCUCACAUACUACAGGACCCCGAUCAUUGUCCCUUACAUCUAUGAUCGAUGGUUCCGUCUAAAUGUCAUCCACGAUGUCGGUGCGAAAAAAGUUAGCAUUUUCAUCGAUGGGGUUUUAAAGUUAACAGUGGAUGAUCAUGGAGGGGCCUCUCAUUACUUCAAAUGUGGUGUUUAUGAACAGAAUGACCCUUCCUACUACAUGGAGUCUCGUUGGAAGGAUAUCAAGGUCUUGAAAAAAUGUGACUAACCUACAUGCUUGCGACAUGAUGUACUAUAGUGUGCUUAGGAACGUAGGUUUGGUCUGUCAUGUCUUUGCUAGCCUACUAGUGCAAUAAAUCUUGCGUCGUACCAUACAAGGGGGUUAUAGAAACUAUCUGGCCCUUGAUGUCUUUGUUUGUCACUGUAGCUGGGCAAUGCCUUGGCAGCCCCGUGUUUGCUUGUUUUUCAUAAUAAAGUUCUUACCUACUAAAUAAAAACAAAUUAUUUUGGGGCUGUA